AUGCUAUAAGCAAAAGAAUCUAUUUAUAUUACUGAUUGGUGGUUAAGUCCUGAAAUGUAUUUAAAAAGACCAGUUGAUAUGAGAGAAUAUGGUUAAUCAAAUGAAAAUAUAAAUACUAGACUUGAUAAAAUAUUAAAGAUAGUUGCAGAUAAAGGAAUAUAAGUAUUAGUAUUAUUGUAUAAUGCUAUAUCAUUUGUUUUAGAAAAUGAUCCAAAACAUUCAAAAUUAUAAUUAGAAAGCAUGUCUCCAAAUAUUAAGGUUUUAAAACAUCGAGAUCAAUUAUAAGUAUUUUUUUCUCAUCAUGAAAAAAUGGUUUUAAUAGAUUAAUAUAUUGGAUUUAUGGGAGGAUUAGAUUUAUGUUUUGGAAGAUGGGAUAAUUAAAAACAUUUAUUAUUUGAAGUUCAUCCAUUUGAAUAAUUAUGGCCAUAGAUUGAUUUUUCUAAUUCUAGAAUUCGAGAUUUUGUGGACGUAAAAAAUUAUUAGAAAUCUCUUCUUAAAGAGAAUGAACCAAGAAUGCCUUGGCACGAUAUAGCAAUAUGUAAUAUGCGAUUUAAUUAUUUAGAAAUAAAAGGAGAUUCUGUUGUUGAUUUAUCUAGACAUUUCGUUUAAUAUUGGAAUUUUGUAAUGAUGAGUAAAUAAAAAAGGUAAGGAUUACUACAUUCAAAUGAUUUAAAAAUGGAAGGAUUUGUUUCUACUAAUUAAUCAAAUAUUUCUAAUUCUAAUUUAAUAUAUACAGGUAGAACAGAAACUCUUAUUUAGAUGAAAUAACCCAUUCUUAUAGAUAAUAGAAAAACUUAGGAAAUUUAGAUAGAAAUGAAUCCAACUAAUUGUUUUAAUGAAUAGUAAAAUGAAUUAUCCAAAUCUUCUUAUGCAUAAUAAUUUAUUUAAUAAUAAUAAAAAGAUUACUAUAAUUUUUAAAUUUAAGAAAAUUAAAAAAUAAAAAUAUAAGAAGAUGAUGAUGAUGAUAAAUACUAUUACAUUUUAGAAGGUAAUAAAUAAUAUUAAGAGAAACUCAAAACUAAAAUAAAAAAAGAAAAAUAAAACCUAAAAGAAUAUAAGAAUAUUGAAGGAAUUUAAGCACAUAUUAAUCUUGAAUUUUUUAUUCCUCAUAUUGAGAUCAAUAAUGACUAAAGUAAUUUUAUUUAAUUUAUUGAUAGAAAGUUGUAUAACUCAAUUGUUAAGAUCAUCUAGUACAUGGUCUACUGGAAUUAAAAAAACUGAAAGAUCUAUUGAAAAUGCUUAUCUUUAACUUAUUCAAGAAGCUAAACAUUUUAUAUAUAUUGAAAAUUAAUUCUUUAUAAGUUGUACAGCUGGUAGUUCUGUUAAAAAUUCAGUAGCAAAGGCUUUAAUUUUUAGAAUAAAAGAAGCUCAUGAAAAAUAACAAAGAUUUAAAGUUAUAGUUUUUCUUCCUCUUCUACCAGGAUUUGAAGGAGAAAUAGAUCAAUCUAAUUCUACUGUUCUUAAAUUACAAUUGCAUUAUGAAUAUUAAACCAUAAGUAGAGGUGGUUAAUCAAUAAUUGAAUCAUUAAAAUAAGAUGGAAUUAAACCAGAAAAUUAUAUUUAAUUCUUUGGUCUUAGAUAACAUGAAUUAUCACCAUAACCUAAUUCAAUACCUACUACAGAAAUUAUAUAUAUUCAUUCUAAAUUACUUAUUAUUGAUGAUGAAAUUGCAUUAAUCGGAUCAGCAAAUAUUAAUGACAGAAGUCUAUUAGGAAAUAGAGAUUCUGAAAUUGCUAUUGUUGUUUAAGAUUAAAUUAAAGUUGAUGCUAUCAUGAAUGAUUAACCAUAUUAAGCAUCUAAAUUUGCACAUACUCUUCGUACAGCACUCUAUAUGGAACAUUUUGAUAUGCCAUAUCAAAAAGUAAUUGAUCCUUUAAGUUUAUAAUUUGAAAAAGAAUCUACAGCAUAAGCGAAUAUUAAUACAAGAAUUUAUAAAUAAAUUUUUGCUUGUUAUCCUCAUGAUGAUAUUAAAAAAGUAUCAGAUUAUGAAGAAGUAUUAUAUUUUUUAUUAAUUUUAGUUUAAAUCAAAAAGACAUAUCGAAGAAUAUGAAUAAUUAAAAUAGUUCCUAAAGGGACAUGCUGUUGCAUUCCCAUUAUUAUUUUUAUGUGAAGAAAAUUUAAAAGAAUAUUAUGGUCCUGAAAUAAUCCACACGUGA